ACCCCCAAAAUAGUUUUUGGGGGUCCUUUUUCGCCUUUUCUUCCUUCGAGGAGCCGCCCAAAGCAAAGCGUCGUCAUCGUCAUCUUCCAUUUUCCGCCAUAUUUCGGAGCUGAUUCCACCUCUCUCUCUCUCUCUCGGCAGCUUCAUCUUCUUCUUCGUCGUCGUCGUCGUCUGAGCAAUCGGAACGGAGACGAACCCUACGACCGCUACUGCUGCUAACAGCAGCGGCAGCGGCGGCGAAGAGCUUCGAAUGAGCAGCAGCAGCAGCAGCAGCACCGGCAAUUUGCCGCCGCCGCCGCCGCCGGAAGAUGCUUGGGUCGGCACUUACCGGAGAUUGCAACCUCAGUGGCAACCCGUCAGCAAGUACCACGAGGCAUUGAUUCCAAUUUCCAUAUCGCGAGUUAAUCAAUUUGAUGCUGCAAGACUCGAUGUAGAAAUGUCAGCAAUGUUGAAAGAGCAGUUGGUGAAAGUCUUCUCCUUGAUGAAGCCAGGAAUGUUAUUUCAAUAUGAACCCGAACUUGAUGCCUUUCUUGAAUUCCUCAUAUGGAGAUUCUCCAUUUGGGUAGAUAAGCCCACUCCUGGAAUUGCCUUGAUGAAUUUGAGAUAUCGAGAUGAACGUGCAACCGAAGCAAGAGGAAAGCUGAGAACAGGCCUGGAAGGACCUGGCCUUACUGUUGCUCAGAAGAUUUGGUAUUGCGUUGCCAGUGUUGGUGGUCAAUAUAUCUGGGCCCGCUUACAGUCAUUCUCUGCUUUUCGUAGAUGGGGUAAUUCUGAGCAGAGGUCAUUGUUGCGGUGGGCAUGGGUUUUGGUACAACGAGUGGAAGGAUUUUAUAAAGCUGCCUCAUUUGGCAACCUACUUAUUUUUCUUUACACUGGAAGGUAUAGGACUCUUAUUGAGAGAGCUUUGAAAGCAAGGCUUGUCUAUGGUAGCCCAAACAUGAAUCGAGCCGUAAGCUUUGAGUACAUGAAUCGCCAACUAGUCUGGAAUGAAUUUUCGGAAAUGUUGCUAUUGCUUCUUCCUCUUUUGAAUUCCUCGACUGUAAAAAAUCUCCUCCACCCAUUUUCAAAGGACAAGGAUGCAGACUCUGCCGUAGAUGACUCUACAUGCCCCAUUUGCCAAAAUAGCCCAAGCAUUCCCUUUCUUGCUCUUCCAUGUCGACACAGGUACUGCUAUUACUGUCUGAGAACUCGAUGUGCAGCAGCUCCUUCGUUCCGAUGUUCCCGAUGUGGUGAACCGGUUGUUGCGAUGCAACGGUACAGCGAAUCGGUUGGAAGUACAAGCUCCGGAAAAUGAUUACUCCAGCGGGAGCAAGGGUGCAUUGCAGCAGCUUUAACUGACGCACUGAAGAAUGCGGUCGUUUCGGAACCAUAAAGCGCCCCGCAUUAUAAGCGAAACCAUUAUUUACCCUCUUCUGGAUGUGCAAAGAGAGGGACAAGUGGAGGGGUUUUUUUUUUUUUUUUGGUGGUAUUAAUUGGUUUGCUGGGGAUUAAAUUUAAUCCAGAUUGGAGUGGGGAAUGGGUAAGAUCAGUUACAUUAGUUUCUGUCCAUGAAUUCUGGAAAUCCAGGGUUGGCCAAAGAGAAAAUAUACGAUACGAUUGUAUUUGGCAGAAGAAUUGAAAAUCUCAACUCAAAUAAAGAUGCUAAUUCUUAUUCGGAUCA